CAGAAUUAGUCACGUGACAUCAACUGCUUCCUGUCUGACGUCACGUGACAUGGACGACACCGUGAGGCCGAUAAUGUCAACUUGAGAUCAUCUUUUCUCUGACAGGUCUGCUCCUACAGUAGGGACAGGAGAGCCAGGGACAAUGGAUGGAUAUGCUGUGAGGAUCCCAGAGGUUGUGUGUCUCGGGGCCAGUCUCACCCUCUCAGGCAUCUUCUACUAUCUGUACAGGAAGAGCCGCAAGACAGUGGAGAGACUUGACGAAGCUCCACAUUUCACCAUAGAUGGGAAACUCAAAAACAUUUUGAAGGAAAUUCCAGGAGCAUGUCUACAGUACGCUGUCAUUGAAGGUGCUGUACAGCCAGUGGGCGAGCCUCUGACAAGUCACUUCCAAAAAGAAAUUGUCGGCGUGUUGCAGAAAAUAAUGUUGAAACAACAAAGGCUGGUGUGGAAUGGCCUUUCAAGCACUUGGACAGACAGUGAGCUGGUCUUGCACCAGAGAGUGAAUGCAGUGCCCUUUGUGUUAGUGGGAUCGGAUGAGACCACAGUCAAGGUCCUGUGUCCUCUGCAAGCUUCCGGAGUCCACAUGGAGAUUACCCACGAGAAGUUUCACCAGCUCAAUUACGGCCUGGGCGACAUCGUAGGACAAUACCUGAGUGGGGAGAAAAUUAAAGGGCAACUGGAGACCGAGGAAAUGCUCAAGGUGGGUGCAACUCUCACAGGAGUAGGUGAGUUGAUACUAGACACAGACGGCACCCUGAAUCUUCGACCCCCUUCCAAUAGUACACAGUACUUCUUGGGCAACAUGGACUUUGACACCCUGCGACAAGACCAAGAGAACGUGGCUGUUUGGUGGAAGGCGCUGACCAUUACCUCUGCUUUGGUCGGGGCGAUGGUCGUCCUCUGGGUGGGUCGACGCUACUACUACCACCUAAAAGCUCAGUGGCAGCGGGAGCAGGAGAGGAGGGAGUUUGAGAGAUGGCAGGCCGAUGUAGCGGGCGCCGAAGCACCUCAGGAUGCGGCAGAGGAACGCGUAGAGAAUCCCUGUGUGAUUUGCCUCAAUCAGCCUCGUAACUGUAUUCUGCUGGACUGUGGGCAUGUGUGCUGCUGUCACACCUGCCAGCGGGCGCUUCCACGCCGCCAAUGCCCGAUUUGUAGACAGGACAUCAGCAGAGUGAUGCCGCUCUACCAUGUCUGAGGCCCCUGUGGGACCAUGUGACCUCAGCGGGGGUUAACCACCAUACAAACUGUACUGGCUUUACACCUGAUAGGUCUAAACUGCUGCAAUAACAGUGACAAAAGGGCAAAAGUAAGUCUUUGAUUUCUUUAUUUUCAAGAAUAAAAUAUUCUUUAAAAAACAAAAUGUUUGUACUGAUCAAAUGUGAAUUUUAAGGAUAUAGUGCAAAAGCUUUGUUCAUUACACUGUUACAUUGAAGUACUUUUAUCAGAAAUUAUUUAAAAAUCAUAGAGGAGCAAGUGUAAAUUUGUGCAAUAGAAAUGUUUAUUUUCCUAUGUAUGUAUGUGCCUUAUUUUGGUAAUUUAUAUGACAGCUGCUGUCUCAGAGUGACUGUACCGUAUGUAUCUGAAUUGCUUAAGUCUGCCCGUGAGUAACUCAGAUUUAGUAUCAGACAGUUUCACUUACAUUUGUGAUUCACAGGAAGUAACUGAAACUAAGGUAAAACUAAGGCCGAGACGAAAUGUUAAAGUUUAAUUAAUGCACUACAAACGGAGAGAGUGUUUAAAAUGUUUGGGGAAUUAUUAAUUGUACAUACAUCAAAAUAUCUUUACUUCAUGUAAACAAGUCUUUGUUUUCAUGAAAUCUGAUAAAUGUCCUCAACUUGUGUCAGUUGAGUUUCAAGACUAUUAGAAAUCGGUUUGUAUUUUGCUUAAAGCAAUUUUUUUGUUUUUAAACUUCAUUGUCUGUUGAAGUUUCACAUCUCAAUGUUGAUUGUAAACAUGGUCAACACACGUUUGUAAAAUGUACUCACCAUUAACUGAUCAUCUCGGCAUAUAGGGUUUCAUGGUGAUUUGAAGGAAUUGAUGAUAUUGAUGACAAGAUGCGUUUAAGCAACUUACAAUGAACCCGAAUAGGGCUUUGAAAAUAAAAUAAACAUUUCAGAGUUACAAAUUA